GUGCCGAAGUGCCGAAGUGGAACCCCGAGUGGACGAGUGUAUGACCUGUUCGCCGGACGAUUCCUUUCACUCCCGUCUCAGUCUUUCAGACUUUCACCUUCUCUACUUUCUCAGAGAUCAAAGUACCCUACUUCUGUCAGUCUCCCUCUUCAAUUCCAGGCAAUCAAUCAAUUCAAUAUUAGGGAUGAAAAGGUUAAACCUUUAACACCAAGGGAAGCUCCGAAGUUGGGUAUGUAAUUCAGCUAUCUGACAAAACCGUUCUUGUCUUCUUGAUGUUCGUCCCUCAUUCCCUCUACGUACAGAACACAAAAAGGGUUAUGCAGUUUUAAUUUCAUCAAUUUUCACGGAGUACUCCAUACUGCUAUUCAAUUGUUUCUCAAGGAUUUGGAGCUUUCAGUAUUUUGUGUAAGAUAGGUGAUAAUGAUCUACGGUGACAUUUACUUCAUUUGUUUAGGUACCUGUAAAGUAUUUGAUUGGACUUGAAAGGAAAAGCGCAAGACCAGAUAGGGAGAGAAAUCAUGGAUGAGAGCGGCAUGCGAUUCAGUGAACCGAAUUACCAUGGUUGGUCUGUAGAUGAGGAUGACUUUUCAGAUGAGUACGAAGAGUUAUUCUCGGAUGAGGAAGCUUCCCAGAGUGCAAAUAUGGAUGAGAAUCUGGAUUGUCUACACUUCAACGGCAAGAAGUAUGAAGAUCUUAGAUCCUCUGAUAUGAUUGGUGUUGAGUUUAGCAGCGUCGAGGCAGUGGAUACAUUCUAUGCUUACUAUUCACUUGCCAUGGGCUUCAGUUUCAGAAAGGAAAAGUUGUGUCGAAAUACAGCACAAGUGGUGGUGAGAAGACAGUUAGUGUGUUCAAAGGAGGGUGAGAGAAAAAAAAGGGGCAAGCCUGAUCCUAGUUUUGCAUCGGAAAUCAUUUCAUGCGCCCAAAAUCUUAGUCCACCUCAUGGGACAAAACAGGUAUGCAAGAGGAAGACAGUUAACCAGAAACCAAUCGUGGAAGAUGCUGAUAGAAGAAGUAUGAAACGUUCUGGGAAGCAGUCUGGUGAAGAUGAACAUGGAAAAAAAAGGCAGCGCCCUCCACAGAGAAAUAUUACCAGAGGUAAUUGUCAAGCUCGUAUCACAGCGCGCCGAUGCAAGGAAAGUGGUGUCUUCCGUGUGGUCCAAUUCAUCACCGAACAUAACCACGCCCUUGUUACAACAGAGUUUGUUCCCUUCCUCCGAUCGCACCGCAAGGUUCGGGACCAUGACGUUGCUCAGGUAACAGCACUUAAGAAAGUCUCUGUUGGUACAUGCCGGGCUUAUGAGUUGUUGGUCCACCAAGCCGGUGGCCAUGAAUUUGUUGGUUUCCUCAUCAAAGAUUUGUAUAACAAGAUGGACUCUGAAAGGAAGGAACUCAUGGUUGAUGGUGACGCCCAGUCUACAAUCAGUUUCAUGAAUUUGAAAGCAUCUAAAGAGGCGGAGUUUUUCUGUUUGUUCAGUGUUGAUGCAGAAGGCCGGCUGGGUAAUAUGUUUUGGAGAGAUACGAAGUCUCUAGCAGAUUACAAUAAUUUUGGGGAUGUUUUGAUUAUUGAUAGCACCUACAAGACCAACAUAUACGGCAAACCAUUAGCCAUCUUUGUUGGUGCAAAUAACCACAGGGCGACAGUACUAUUUGCGUGUGCAUUGUUGGCUGAUGAGAGUGAGGACACCUACAAUUGGGUGGUUACGGCCUUUUUGACUUCCAUGAGGGGGAAAAAACCAAUAUCAGUCCUCACUGACGGGGACGAGGCAUUGAGAAAUGCAGUUGUGAAUCUCAUUCCGGAGGCCCGACAUCGAUUGUGUGCAUGGCACAUUGCUAAGAAUGUUGUAAAAAAUGUUAGGGAUGCGGAUGUCCAAAGGGAUUUUUGCCACCUAAUUUUUGCCGGACUCGGAGUUGAUGAGUGGGAAAAGUCGUGGCAUUACAUGGUGACAAUGAAUGGGCUUCAAGACAACAAAUGGGUUGCUGCAAUGUACAACAAGAGGGAGAGGUGGGCAGAAGCUUUCUUUAGGAACCAUUUCUUCAGUGGUAUGUGUACCACUCAAAGAUGCGAGGCAAUGCAUAGAAAUUUAAAAGGUGGGGUUGGUCGUUACAUGAGGUUGUGUGAAGUGUUGCCACGCAUGGACAAGACAAUUGAAUGCAUCAGGUUUAAUGGGCUUAACGAUGACUUCAAAUCAAUGAACUCGCACCCGGUUAUUGGCAGCCACAUGCGGUGUAUUCAACAACAGGUUAGUGUAAGGUUUACCCACGACGUAUUCCUCCUCAUAAAAGAUCAAAUUCUUUUUGAGUCAAAGUUUCUCGUUGCUGACCGUGUUCGUUAUGAGAAUCAAGGAUCAACACUUCAUCUUGUAACCCAAUAUGGUAAACCUGAAAGGACAUGGCAUGUGACACAUUAUCAAGGUAAGCCCGACCUUUCUUUCGUAUGCUCAUGUCACCUCUUUGAGUCGGAUGGUAUUCCUUGCUGCCACAUCUUCACAGUCAUAAAGACAAUGAAUAUGACUACCCUUCCAGAAUCUUUGGUUAAUCAGAGGUGGACAAAACAGGCUUGUACCAAAGAUACCAGCACCCUCAGUAGUGGAAUAAUGCCCGCCAAGGAUUUGCAGCUUGCCCGUUAUGGGCAAAUGAUGGGUGAUUGUGCUCAAAUUUGUCAUUCAGCUUCAUUCUCAGAUGAGGCAUAUGAAGAAAUCACUAACUGUCUUAGUCGACUAAUGGUUAGGUCCAAAACAUUCAAGAGAUGCAAAGAUAGUCAGCCACCAGAAACUGUUGAUGGUCUACAACCUAAUGUGAUUAGGGAUCCGAACGUGUGCAAAACCAAGGGCACUCAUUCCAGGCAUUCCACCAGUGUUGAGGUUGAGAGGGAUCAGCCAGGAGGGAGGGGUUGUGGAUUUUGCAGCCGGCCAGGUCAUAAUGUACGCACUUGUGCACUGCUAGCUGCACAAAAUGGGGGGGGAAAAGGAUGAACCUCGUCUCCAAAGAGCACGGAACAGCUCCAUUGAUGCUAGCUUGCAGUCUACUCCGGGUUCCAAUAGAUACAAGGGUCCAGCUGGUUUCACAAACAUUGGUCAGAUUGAUGAGGAUGAUGCUUUCCUCAAUCAAACUAGCAGUCAACAUAUGUUGCAUCAUGUUGAAGAAUCUAGGACGUUUGACUUUUUUACCGGUCACGACACCUUUUUGGCUUCCUUGAGUGCUCCAUCUGCAAAUCUAAAUGGUGGGAACACAUUCGUGCAGCCUUUCUGAGCAUCAAUUGCAGCCUGCUGGAGGUCAGAGUAAAAUCUUGGUC